UUAUUGUUUUAUUUUUGGUGUUUGUUAUUUUCGCCGACACUACACACACAAACUGAGACACUCAACUCAACACUCUUGUGCUGCUUGCUUUUGCUUAUUCUCUCUCUUCAUUACACCAAGCUUCGAAUCUCUACCUGUCCCUUUCUUUAAUGGCCUUGCCUUGUACAACCAGUCGCGAUCUGAGACUCAACUACUACGCCAUUCUCAUCUUCUUCUUUCGUCUCCAUGAUACUCUGCAUGUGCCUCUCCGCACCUGAACCACGCUUCUGACACCAAUGGCGCCUGCCCGUUUCCCUCUUUCACUCUUUCUCACUUUGAUCUUCUUCGUUGCUCUUCCUCAAGCCAUCGCCAACACUGACCCAUCUGAUGUUCAAGCUCUUGAGGUGAUGUACAAUGCGUUGAAUAGUCCAACUCAGCUAACGGGUUGGAGAAUCGGUGGUGGUGAUCCGUGUAGAGAGUCGUGGAAAGGGGUAACGUGUGAGGGUUCAGCCGUUGUUUCCAUUGAUCUCUCAGGUUUAGGACUCGAUGGGACUUUGGGAUACCUGCUUUCAGACCUUAUGUCACUCAGAAACCUUGACUUAAGUGACAACAAGAUCCAUGAUACAAUUCCCUAUCAGUUGCCGCCAAAUCUUACUAGCCUGAAUCUUGCAAGAAAUAAUUUAUCUGGAAAUCUUCCUUAUUCCAUUUCUGCCAUGGUUUCACUCAAUUAUUUGAAUUUAAGCAAUAAUGUGCUCUCCAUGACUGUUGGCGAUGUUUUUGCUGGUCUUUCAGAUCUUGCUACCCUGGAUCUAUCAUUCAAUAACUUAUCAGGAGAUCUUCCUCCUUCAUUUGGUUCAUUGUCCAAUCUUUCUUCACUUUUCUUGCAGACGAACCAGUUGACUGGCUCUCUUAGUGUUCUUGUUGGCUUGCCUUUGGAUACUUUAAAUGUGGCAAACAACAAUUUCAGUGGAUGGAUACCUCACGAGCUUAGUUCCAUCCAUAAUUUCGUAUAUGAUGGAAAUUCUUUUGAGAACACUCCUGCUCGUCAUCCGCCAGCAUUUAUUUCACCUUCUCCCAGUGGAUCUCAUAAUAGUCAUCAUCAUUCGGGAUCUGGUUCACAUAACAAAACACAAGCUUUUGAUAAUGAAAAUUCUGAUGGCCAUAAGGGUUUGACAGCAGGAGCUGUCGUAGGCAUUGUUUUAGGUUCAGUACUGGUGGCUGCUAUUUUGCUGCUUGCACUUGUUUAUUGUAUCCGAAAGCAAAAGGGGAAGGAAAAGGGUGCAAGAAACUUUAGUGGGAGCCUUCCUCGUGGAGUUAUUAACGUAACUCCACAGAUGCAAGAGCAGAGGGUGAAAAGUUCUGCUGUUGUUACAGAUCUCAAGCCUCGUCCAGCAGAAAAUGUAACAGUUGAGAGGGUACCUGUUAAAAGUGGAUCUGUAAAGCAGAUGAAGUCCCCUAUAACUUCUACAUCAUACACAGUUGCUUCUCUCCAAAGUGCAACAAAUAGCUUUAGUCAAGAUUUUAUAAUUGGCGAAGGUUCUCUUGGCCGAGUUUACAAGGCUGAUUUUCCAAAUGGGAAGUUAAUGGCUGUUAAGAAGAUCGACAACUCAGCACUUUCAUUACAGGAGGAAGACAAUUUCCUUGAAGCUGUUUCAAAUAUGUCACGCUUGCGGCACCCAAACAUUGUGACAUUGGCUGGAUAUUGUGCAGAGCAUGGCCAACGACUUCUAGUUUAUGAGUAUAUAGCAAAUGGAAAUCUGCAUGACGUGCUCCAUUUUGCUGAAGAUAGCAGCAAGGCUUUGUCUUGGAAUGCCCGUGUUCGCAUAGCACUUGGCACAGCCCGGGCUUUAGAGUACUUGCAUGAAGUGUGUUUGCCUUCUGUUGUACAUAGAAAUUUCAAAUCAGCAAAUAUAUUACUUGAUGAGGAGCUCAAUCCUCACCUAUCUGACUGUGGUUUAGCUGCUUUGACACCAAACACUGAGCGGCAGGUGUCAACUCAGAUGGUGGGUUCAUUUGGUUAUAGUGCUCCUGAGUUUGCCUUAUCAGGAGUAUACACUGUAAAAAGUGAUGUUUACAGCUUUGGGGUGGUUAUGCUGGAACUAUUGACAGGUCGGAAGCCACUUGACAGUUCACGGGUUAGAUCAGAGCAGUCACUUGUGAGGUGGGCUACACCCCAACUCCACGAUAUAGAUGCCUUGGCCAGAAUGGUUGAUCCUACUUUGAAUGGCAUGUAUCCUGCAAAGUCACUGUCACGCUUUGCUGAUAUCAUUGCCCUCUGUGUUCAGCCGGAACCUGAAUUUCGACCUCCAAUGUCUGAGGUGGUGCAAGCACUGGUUCGGUUAGUGCAAAGAGCAAGUGUGGUUAAACGACGACCCAGUGACGAAUCUGGUUUUGGUCACAAGACCCCAGACCAUGAGGCCAUAGACACUUCAUUUUAAAUGCUACUCUUUUGCAAUUUUGUGCAGUUGUCCGGCUAAAAAAUUACUACAUAACACAGGAAUGAACGAACGAGUAGAAGUUUCUCAGAAUGUAUCAACCAAUUUCAAGAUACUAAUUACGUCUGUUGCAAAUUUUCACACCAUUUUAAUACUCUGGAAAAUAAGCUGUAUAUUUAACUUGCCAUGCUGUAAUAUAAUGAAAUUUUAUUUAAUUUAACG